AUGACCCUCGAAAGCGAUGCAGUAGCUGGGGCAACCAUCGAGCUCCUCGAAGCUCGCCUGCGCCGCCUCACCUACAUUCUCACCGGCGCCACAGACUGGAACGGCGUCCCUACCACACCCGAAAAGCCCGCAUCACUCGACGAAACGGUCACCCGCCGACUUGCGCGGCUAGAAACAGAACUAGAACAGCUCAGCCGGAGUAUACCAGCUGUGCGGGAUGUUCUUCAACUCCACGACCACAAUCUUGACCUCUUCCAAACAACACCACCCCACGAAAUCCCCGAAGGUCUGACGACCCAAACCUUAGCCUCAAUAGUCAUGUCAUACGCCACCGCCUUCCCGGAAACCGCCUCACGCCUCACAUCACUAAAUGACCUCCCCGUGCCGGACGCACAGAGCUCCGCAGCGUUGAUCGAGUUACAACCUCAGAUUGACCGGGUCGCGCAUAUGCAAAGCGAGCAAGCGGCUGAGAUUUCGGAACUGCGGAUGCGUACGGCGCGCGUUCUGCAGCGAUGGUAUGAUGUCGGCCUUGUUGGGAGUGGGGAGUGCUGGGCUGAGUGGGAGGGGAGACUUGAGGAUGUUGAGAGGGAAGUUAGGAGGAGUGAGGUUAUUAGGCAGAGGAGGGAAGAGGAGAUUUAG